AUGUCGCACUUCGAUGAAGAAGACACAAUUCGCAUACUUGUCGCCACUGACAAUCACGUUGGCUACGAGGAGCGUGACUCCAUCAGAAAAGAUGACAGUUGGCAAACCUUUGACGAGAUCAUGACGCUAGCCAAAACGCAAGACGUCGACAUGGUAUUGCUGGCUGGUGAUCUGUUUCAUGAGAACAAGCCUUCGAGGAAAUCUAUGUUCAAGGUGAUGCGAUCCCUUAGGAAAAACUGUCUCGGCAUGAAACCCUGCGAGUUGCAAUUCUUGAGUGAUGCGAGCGAAGUCUUCGAGGGUCAUUUCAGUCAUGUCAAUUACGAAGACCCAGACAUCAACGUCUCUAUUCCGGUCUUCUCGAUACAUGGCAAUCACGAUGAUCCAAGCGGGGAAGGCGCAUUCUGCCCUCUUGAUAUUCUCCAAGUUGCUGGCCUGGUCAAUUAUUUUGGCCGCGUACCAGAGGCCGACAAUCCUCAAGCAAAGCCCAUCUUACUUCAGAAGGGCCAAACGAAGCUGGCACUCUAUGGCCUCAGCAAUAUCAGAGAUGAGCGGAUGUAUAGGAACUUCCGCGACCAUAGAGUUAAAUGGUUUCGACCCGGUGUCCAAACAGGUGAUUGGUUCAAUAUGCUUGCAGUCCAUCAGAACCAUACUGCACAUACCCCAACAAGCUAUCUCCCCGAGGGCAUGCUGCCUGAGUGGCUCAACCUGGUAGUGUGGGGUCACGAACAUGAGUGUAUCCUUGACCCUCAGCCGAAUGCGCAAACUGGCUUCAAAGUGAUACAGCCCGGCUCAUCAGUUGCUACUUCUCUCAUUAAUGGUGAGGCAGUACCGAAACAUGUCGCCGUACUCAGUGUCUCCGGGAGGGAUUUUCAGAUCGAAAAGCAUCGACUCAAAACAGUACGGCCAUUUGUGAUACAAGAGAUCAAGCUAUCUGAUGACGAUAGAUUCGAUGGCCUGGAUCGCAAAAAAGACAACCGAGCGGAGCUUUCAAGAAGAUUGAUGAAGAUUGUCGAUGAUAUGAUUGAAGAAGCAACAAAAGAAUGGUUGGAAAUUCAAGAGGACCAGGAGGACGCCAAGGAGAGAAUACCACUGCCCCUCAUACGUCUCAAGGUCGAGUAUACACCUUCGGAAGGCGGCCAUUACGAUAUAGAGAACCCUCAACGUUUCUCGAAUCGUUUUGCGGGAAGAGUUGCUAACACAAACGAUGUUGUAUACUUCUGGAGGAAGAAAAAAACUAUACGAUCUAAUAAUACUACCAUCGACAUCCCUGGGCUCCCAGCAGACAUGGAUGAGGAGACCAUCAGGGUUGAUGAACUUGUCGGCCAAUAUCUUGAGCACCAGUCGCUCAAGAUUCUGCCUCAAGCUCCAUUUAUCGAUGCUGUCAACCAAUAUGUCAAUAAGGAUGAUAAGCGGGCCAUGGAUGAGUUUGUGAGAGACACGCUUACAGGUCAGGUCAAGCACAUGUUAUCUCUCGACAACAACGAUGAUGAUGAGAGCGAGAUGGCAAAGUACCAAGCGAAGCUCAAUUCCCAAUUCAAGUCCGGUCAACUCAAGAGAAGGAAAACCACAGUCAAGCCAAAGCCAGCUGGCUGGGAUUCAGAUAUGGACGGGCACUGGGAAGAUCAGCCUGAUGUUGUUCAGUUUGAGAAUGAAGCAACUGAGAAUUUACUACCAAUUCAGAGAUCGCAAGCUGCCCAGAAAACACAAUCAGCGAAGGCGGCCAGAGGUCGACCAAAGAAACCUAGGUCGCUCGUUGUAGAUGACGAUGAAGAUAUGGAUGACUUUGUAGAGGAAGGAGAAGAAGAGGAAGGAGAAGAAAUUGAACCGGCCACUAAAUCCAAAGCACGAGGCAGAGCUGCAACAGCUAAACCCGCGGCCCCAGCCAAGAAGGCUCCAGCAAAAGCUACCUCGAAGGCGCCUACCAAGGCGCCGGCAAAAGGACGCGGUCGCAAGGCUAUCUUUGAAGAGGACAGUGAGGAAGACGAUGUGAUCAUGGAUGAAGAGCCACCAGCACCCAAACGUGUUACUGCUGCGACCAGAUCGCAGCCGGCGAGAUCACAGCCGCCAAGAGGUGCUGCGUCACAAUCUCAGGCAAAGACAAAGCAGACAACGAUCAAUUUCUCGCAGAAGCCGAAGGCUUCUCAGGCAGCAAUGGAGAUUAGUGAUGAUGAGAUCUCAGAUGACGAUCCUUUCGAGUCUAUGCCUGCUAAAACUGUCACGAGGAAGAGAUGA